AUGGCUACUAUCAUUACAACCAUUAAAUAUUAUUUAUGUGUUCCUCUGAAUAUCAUUUCUCUCAUUUCUACUAUCAUCUUAUGCGUGACAUUUAGUUUAAUACGAAUAUACUAUCCUAAUCUUGCAGAUCGGGUUUCCUUUCGUUUAGCUUUUGCAGCCUCAUUCUGUGAUGUAGGUUACUCUGGUCAUCUUUUGGCUUUUUUUUUUUGGGAUACUAUUCCCGAUUUUUUAUGCGGGUACUUGACUUGGGCAAUUGUAUUCUUUAAUCUUUCUUCUCUAUUCUUUAUUGUUUGUAUAACUAUGAACCUUCAUAUAAUAUUUAUAAAUGAAUAUAAAAGUCGUUAUACUUUUGAAAAAUAUUAUUUUAUAAUUGCAUUAUCUUUUGCCCUUUUACUUUCUCUCCUGCCUAUUGCCGCUAACAUGUUUGACAAUGAUGGUCUUGAAUGUGGCUGUUUGUAUCAUUAUUUGGGUCAAGAAAAAAAUUUAAUAUGGCAAUGGAUUACUUUUUUUGGUUGGAUAUAUGCAUCUAUCUUGUAUUGUAUGAUUGUUGUAAUCAUGGUCAUUAAAAAACUUAAAUCUGUAAAAAAAGAAGUUGAUGAUGUUUUUGGUUCUCUUCCAAAUUCUCAGUUAGCAGGUUAUUCCACAAAGAUUACUAAAUCUGUAAUUUCUUUCGUUGUCAGAAGGGUUAUGUGGUACCCUGUGGUGCCAUUAGUAGCUCAAUUUUUUGGCUCUUUAAUUGAAACAUACGCUUAUGUUAAUCGUGCGGUACCUUAUCCUCUAAUAUUACUUAGCUACAUUGGCUUAUCACUUCAAGGAUUAAUGAAUACUUUAGUAUUUUCUCAAGAUAUUGCCGUUACUCGUGCUUUUCAAGUUGCUAAACUACAUUGGUGGAUCUCCUAUGUUAACUAUUAUGAGUCCCACUACUCUCAUCGAUCUUACAACAAAGCCAUUACUGAAAAAUUUAACAUGCUAGGAAUAUCCAAUAAUUUUGUUGACUUGAAAAUUUUAAACUCCAUUGAUAUUAAUAAUGACAAUUUAGUUUCACAACCUUCUCUUUUAGAAUGGUUAAGAUACAUGCUAUUAAUUAAGCUUUUCUCUGCUCCAAAAACUUCAUCCCGACUAUUUUCACAUAGCCUUUUAUCACCGGUAAAUUCUUUUUCAGAAAAUAAGAUUAAUACUUCUUUUACUCUGUUUGGAAACGACAAUUUAAAGCAAGCUAUAACUCAUGAUAACCAAAAUGAUCAAGAUAUUUAUUUAGCUCUUCCUGAACCUGUUCAUUUAAAAGAUUCUUCUCAAUAUUCCUCAGAUUUAUUAUCCUAUCAUUUAAACUUAUCAAUUUCACCAGAUUCCUUAAAAGAUAGUUAUAGUCUGACUAAUCAAACUAUUACAAGUAAUAUGAAUGUUUCACAUAAUUCUGUCACAAAUAUGUCAACCUAUACGGUUGGUGAUGAUGAAGGACGGAUUGAUGUUAUGUUUGCUAAUGAUGAAUCAACAGAUAUUGAUUUAUUUAAAGAAAUUGACAUGUUUAAACUAAUUUUAAAAAGGCUAUAA